CUUUAAAGCCCUUAUGUUCUGUCUUCUGUUGCUUGUUUUUCCACUGGUCAUAUUUUUAUUGCUCAAACUUAAAUAUGACAAGAGUAAAGACGAGGUGUAUAAAGGCGUGUUUCAUCACAAGCAUUGCAGACUGUCGCAAUUUCUCUUGAGUAAAUGGUCUACUAUAAACGAUGCUUACAAGCCAACAUUUUGGGCUACAAAUGGUCAUUUACAGACUCUGCUGCAUCUGUUUUGGCCCAGAAGCAUCAUUCGAUUUCAAAGAGAGUAUUUGCAGGUUGAAGACCAAGGUGUGGUUGCUCUGGACUGGAUAACAAAGACAGUUGAGUGUAGACACAAUAUUACUUUAAAUUCAGCCAGUCCCAUAUUGCUCGUCAUACCUGCACUUACAUGUGGUGUCAGAGAGAUUUCGACUAUAUGUCGUAAAGCACAAGAAUAUUCAUUUCGUUGUGUUGUUUACAAUCGCCGUGGACAAGCUGGCUCUGUGUUGACUACAGCCUGCUUACAGAAUGCAUGUCAUAGCAAAGAACUUGACGAGAUCCUAACAUAUUUACAUAGCACUUACCCAUAUGCAAAAAUAGUUGCUGUAGCAUAUUCUUCUGGCGCUUCGUUGCUGUUAUAUUAUUUAGAAGAGACUAGAAAAACGCCUUUAUGUGGCGCUGUUUGCAUCUCUCCAAGUUACGAAACAGAGAAAAGUUUUGAGCAAUGUCUACCUCCAUUUUAUGACUAUCUUAUGACCAAACGGCUUACGUGCUUCCUGCGGGAACACCCUGGCCUUGCAAAUUUUAUCGAUAUGGAAACGGCGUUGAAAUGUAAGAACAUGCACGAAUUUAAUCAACGGGUAUUCGAGCCAUUAACGCGUUUAAAUUGCAGCCGCUAUGGAUAUGAAAGUCAGUUAAAUAGUCACUUCAAUAACAUCUCGCGUGUACGUGUUCCUAUUUUAUGCAUUAGCGCUCUGGAUGAUCCGAUAUGUAAUGCUGACAUCAUUCCAUAUUCUUCAUUCAAAAAUUCAUCAAAUUUUUUCCUCUUGACUUGUGAAAAGGGAGGUCAUUGUGGUUUUUAUCAAGGUUACGCUGCCGCCUGCUCGUGGGCAGAUCAGCAAGCCUGUUCAUUUCUCGAAAUCAUUAUUAACUUCAACAUGCGAAAGAAUGUCGAAAGUAUAUGCGUCCCCUCUAUUUUUGCUCAAGUUAGAAGAGACCGCAGUUACACACAAUGAAGAAAAUGGUAUCGGCUUUUUACUACGACAAAAGAAUUUUUGCUUUUAUGCAAUCUUAUGUGCUUUCGUGAAAUUUAUACUCAACGAAGUAGUUUAUGUUAAAAAAUAAUUUAUUUUAUACAUGGUAUAAAACUAUAUGAAGAUUGAAUCUACAUGAAACCAGUGUAUGUUAUGUUACAAAAUGAAAUGAUCAGUAAGACAAUGCUUGAUCAUAAAGAUACAGUUGCCCGCCAUGCGUGCGCAUCACUAUCAACUGGAAACUACUUCCAACAAAAAGAAAGUUUACUUUUAAGUCUAAUUGACCUAUCCUUAAGAGCAACUUGAAUAACAGACAAUAUCAACGUAUUCUCCAUCUUCUUGUCUUUGGAAAGAUGUGAAACAUCUUGCUAUUUUAAUGCUUGUAGUUUUUAUGAUUUGACAUUUUAAAAUAUAUUUAAGUGACGAGAAGAAUCACGAGAAAUCAACAAAAAAUCUACUCGUGGUUUCUGUUCUCGUGGUUUCUCCAAAAGAAUUGCUGAAAAACUUAUUAAGAAGACACUGCAAUAUCGACUAACAUCAAAUUUAUUCUUUAUUUUGUGCACGAAUUGGGUUGGUUUACAUUGCUUGUAAAUGUAAUGAAUGAUAAUUUCAUGAUAAUUUACGAAUGAUAAUUUCAAAUCCUUCAAAA